UUUGAUACCACUCGAAUUUGAGUGAUAUGUUGCGGUUUGUUAAACCGGAGCCACGUGAAAAGGGCUCUGUGGCCAUUUGUGGCUCGACCGCCGCGGCGGUGCAGCACUUGUUUUGUUGACAACUUUGUUUUGUUGUUAUUUGAAAAUUUUCAAAAAUGACUAAGGCUGAAGACGAUUUUUGGAAUACUAGUAGUCAUUCUGGAUUUAACUUUGAUGAUGAAGAGGAUACACUAAGUGUUUCUUCAGAUCAUGCUGUGCUUAGACCUGUGACUGAAUCCUCAGAAUUACCUAUCCAUGCUAUCAUUUCCAGAGGAAGCUUGGAUCUAGUACUUGAUGAUGUUGCAUCUACGCUUCAAAUUGUGGUUCCUUCCGCAGAAGAAACUAUUAAAAAAAUGAUCCUCGGUCAUAAUUACAACUUACGAAGUUACACAAAGUUCAGGGAUAAAAUCAAUAUUUUGGAGAAGUCUUUAGAAACCUGUGAUGCCAAUGUUAUUAUUGAGGCUAUUCUGUAUUUAAGAGGAACCCUAAAAACUAAUAUUUUUUAUCAUCAAUUAGCCAAAAGGAAAUUAGCUCUGAAACAUUAUGGGUAUUAUUUAUUGUUGAAAAAUGAACUGGAUGAAUUGGUAAAUCUUUACAUGGCGACUGGAAAUAUCUCCAACAUGAAAAACUUGUAUUAUUUGACUAGUCAAAGCACCAUAAACAAAGCCUUGCUUCACAGAAAACUUGAACAGUUCAUUAUGGAACACUUGCAAAAAUUAAAUUCAAACGAAGAUAAAGCAGAAUUUUAUGGCAACCUUCAGUUCAUAAAAUUUCAGGUGGACAAAAAUACUAAUUGCAAUUCUGUUGUAACGCAACUUGUCGAAUUAUGCAAAAGUGAACUUUUAACACACAAAGGCUUAGAUAAAUUGCAGGAAUUUAAAAAGGCUUUUAAAAUAGAUGAUCUCACUUUUGAUUGGACCUUGAUGAAUGUUCUAGCUUCAAUGGAAUUGUGGAUGCAUAUAAAUGACAUAUUUAUAAAAAAUAACUGGUUGACAAAAAGAAACGUUUUAAAAACUGCAGUUCCACAGGAAGUGUUUUUAAGUGCCCUUGGUAGGCAUAACCCUCCUAAGGAUAUCUUAGAAACCCUUUUAGCAUGUGUAUCUGAUACAGAUAAAGCUUUUGCACUAGCAAACAAACUGCAUUGUCAUACAUUUAUAAUUCAAUAUUUCGUGAAUCAAAGAGACAGAUUGGCUUUAAUGAAGUAUAGGGAAAAAGUUGCCUUGCAAAGCUCAGAAUAUUUUUUAAUACAAAGUGCAUUACAGUCUACUGAAAAAAAAUGGAAAAAUUGAUACAAAUUCUACAGAACAAAAAUAUUUUUGGAUACCUUACUUAUAACAUUUAUACUUACAUAGAUUUUAGGUAUGACUUUAUUAUUCAUAUUUUUUGAUAUACCUAGAUAUUAU